GUUAAAAUAUGAACUCAUCUUAUCAUAAAGUUUUUGGAAUUAACAACGUAAAUUGAAAAAUUUAUUGAUUAAAUAUGUUACAUAUUGGUAUCCUUAUUUAAUAUUGUUUUGGUAAUUUUAAGUGACUAUUCACUAUUACGAUUUACGAAUUGAUGUUGUUCGAUAAUUAUACUAACAAUAUGACAAAAUAGUCAACAAAUCAUAAAUGAAUGAUCAAAUAAAAAAUAGUAAGAAUCAAAAUUAAAAAAAUUAUAAUGGCUUCUAACUUAGUUACUGACUAUUUGAUGAAUGAUAUCUCAAAUAAUACUGAUAUGAAUAAUGAACACGUCUGUAAACUAAUCCUUUACUUGGAAAUACCAACCAUUAAAAUAAGGGUAUGGGAUGUUGCAAUACUGAUCCCGAACUUGAUAUUUAUGGCAUAUUUAGGUACAAAGAUAAGUCAAGCAAGAUUGAAAUUACGAGCUGCAAAUAGCCCUAUUUUCUUGACAUUCUAUUGUUUGGUGUUUUUUAAUGUGAUUAUGAGUAUUUUAAGAUGUUUAAUUUCAAUGACACUCAAUUUUAGCAAUGUGACAGCAGACACAAUUAAUAUAACUCUUUGGGUAUUGGUCAAAUGUUUCUUUUUGGCAACUGAAAUGAGUGUUGUAGUUUUUGCUUUAGCAUUUGGUCAUAUGGAAAGUAGGAAUAGUAUUAGAUAUGUAUUGAUUACAACAUCACUGAUAUCUUUAGUAUAUUCUGCUAGUCAAGGAGCUCUGGAAAUCUUCAUGCCAGACUCUAUUUUCAGAAUUACAUCUAAAGAUUUGAAUUUAUUUGGCCAUGGAGGUGUUAUAUUUUGGUUAAUUAGUUCUGUUAUUUUCACAAUGCUGUACUUGCUUAUAUUAGUAAUGCCUUUAACAAGUCUACGAGAAAAACUUCCUUUACCAGUGAAUCGCUCUUUUUAUUUUUAUGUUUUGAUAUUAGCUUUAUUGAAUGGAAUUGGUUCAAUUGGUUGUACAUUUCUUUUGAUUAAAAUAACUGAAGGAUUGUGUAUAGUUGACAUUACAACUUUUUUAUAUUUUACUUUGCUUACUCCUCUUGUCUACAUAACGUUUUUAAGUACAUUUUUUAGUGUUUCUCAAUCAAGUAUCAUGUUUUCUUACAAAGCUCAAAAUGAUGACCGGGUUGAAGAUGAUACUGUUUCAUUGCCUCAUCAACCUUCAUUUUCAUCGUUGAAAACUGAUUCUGAUUAUAUAUAUCAGACGGACCAUAUUUACAAUAACACAAGGUUUUCAGUAGGAGACCGACAAAUAGCAAACCCUUUGUAUAAUGCUUCUUUACAAAGUCCAGAUAGUAUAACAGGAUAUAGUAUGGAUGAGCAAACUAUUGACAUUGAAGAACAAAAAAAAUAAACAAACUUUUAAUUUAGCUAUAAGAUAAUUGGUGUUCCUGUGUUGCAUAAUUAAUUAACUUUUUAUUAUUAAAUUUUAUAUUUUGUACAUAACGUAAACUUUAUAUUACAAAUACUUAGUCAUAUUUAUCUUUAACUUAUUGAAAAUACCACCAUCAAUGUUUAUUUACUUUUUAUGUAUCGUUAAAUGUCUUUAUUAUUAUUCCUAUGUAUAGAUUGACUUAUACCUUCCAAACACUGUAAUAUUUAGUAUUGUAUUGUGAUUUCUUAAAUUUAAAAUUUUUUAUAAUUUGUAUACAAUAAGAACUAAAUUUUUUUUGUUGUUUUUUUAAUUUGCACAAAUGUAAAUUUUAAAUGAACUAGAAAAU